CCCGUGUUGGCGUGUUGCAGCUUGCCAACACGCACCCUUACGCGAGACCACCUCUCUAGCGUUCGAUGAUGCCCGCUUCCCUCACAUCCUGUGUGCAGGCCGACCCCGUCCCGCUCUGUCCCGCUGCACAGUACGGUUAUGUCCUGCACCUGAUGCUAAUGCUUCCACUCACCCUGGCUGAACGUUAUGCGAGGCACGCACGUUGAGGCCCUUGCGCAUGCUGCAGUAAGUGGGCUGGUGUGGGGCACGGGGGUAGAUACCGUCACCGUCAACAAUCCUCAGAUGGUAACCGAGCGCGCAAACAUGAUCGCGGGGAUGCAUGCUCCUUGCUCGAGCUCGAGGCUCUCCCUGAAUCACAUACCCGUUUAUUUGCAUGGCAAAGACGCGCCAGCCCUGCUACUAACCAUGGAACAGCAGAAGGCGCUGCGCGAGUGUGAGGCCGCUGUGUCGGCCGGGCUUGCUGCCUACCGCUCGGGGCAGCAGCUGACAGUGGCAGGCUUGCCAGUCCUGCUAAUGCCGUUUCACAAACUGGCUGCGGUACUGGAGCGAUGGCAGCUCGAGCCGGAGGCGCUUGCGGUCGCGGUGAAGAUUCUUUCCUCCGGCUCGUUGUCACGGCUGCUGCAGCUGCAAGCCCAUGCCGCAGAGCAUGCGCUGGCAGCGGGCUUCCCAGAGCUCGUUGCAGAGCCAUUGGUGCGGCCGGCGGCGGGGUCUGCUGCGGCGGCGGGGAACGCCCCUCGACCCACGGGCGCGAGGCAGCAGCAGCAGCGGCGGCCGCAACAGCCGCAACAGCCGCAGCAACAGCCGAAGGAGGAUUACUUUGACCGCAUGGACCGGCGAGGCGCAGUGGACCUACAGGUUUAUGGCGCGGCGACGCGCAUUUUGAGCAUGUGCCUCGCCUUCCCCGGCGGCUCCAACGGUGGGACGCCGGUGGGGCUGCCGCGCGCGGCCGCAGCGGUGGUUGAGCAAACGGCCGCGGCGCUGCUGCGCAUGCACGUGCUGCACUGGCCUGGGACCCUGGCGGCGCGGGCUGUGGAGACAUUGGCGGCUUUCCAGGCGGCGGCGCCGCCGCUGCCGUUGCCGGCUGUGGCUGAGGGGGCUGCUAGUGGGACCGCUGCUGCAGGCAGUAGCAGCACCAGUUCCGGCGGUGAUGGCCGCUGCGGCGAUUUGCCGCUACCCAGCAGUGCGGUAGCGGCGGCGCAUGCGGAGGCGGUGGUGCGGUCGCACGUGAACCAUGCGGUGUUGGUUUCGUGUGGCCUGGUGUCUGCUUUCUCAGUUAUGGCGACCGAGCAGUUCUGCCGACAGCAUCUAGAUCGCAGCAUCAACAGCAGCAGCAGUCGCAGUAGCAGCAGCAGCGGCAGUAGUAGCAGCAACGGCAGGCAACAGCAGCUCCAGCAGGCGGGUCCCUCCGGCCCGCUGCUCGCGGCGCUGGUGGCAGAGAUUGGCAGUAGCUGCUUUCUGGAGCAGGCGGCGCGGCUGGCGUUGCAGGAGGCGGCGUGCAUGGGCCGGCGGCGGCUGCGGCAGCCGGCGGUCAUGGCGCACGUGGAGGGGCACAUGCGGACCUGCUACGUAUACCGAGCGGACGACGCCGGCGUGCUGCAGCCGUCGGACCUGUGCAUCAAUCUUGUGUCGCAGCUGUGCAGGCUGGCGAAUGACAUGUGCUUCAAGCGCAGGAUGUGCAUCACGAGCAAGCACUGCGGCCUCACGCCGGGCGCCAUUCGGGAGCUGGGAGGUGACGGCAGUAGCAGUGGUGGCGGCAGUAGCAGAAGCGGCGGCAGCAACGGUGGCAGCAGCAGCGGUGGCAGCAGCGGUGGCGCCACAAGAGGAGGACGAGGCGGCGCAGGGGCAGCAGGGUCAGGGGCGUCAGCGUCCGCGGCGGCGGCUCAAACUGAGCCUCCGCUUGUGGCGCCGUGGGGCGCCUGCAUGCACACACUGGUCCUGGCGGAGGCGGUGGCGGGCCUGGCGGUGGCGGGCUUCGGUGGCGGCGUGCGGGGCACGUGGGGCCUGCCGCCGGAGCUGGUGGCGGGGCUGCCCGUGCUGGGACUGGAUUCACGUGGCCGUGCGGUCGAUCUGGGUCCUCUGCUUCAGCAGCAGCAGCUGUCGGGAGUGGCCAGUGCAGCAGCUACUGCCUGUAGCGGGGCCGCUGGGGCUAGUCGGCAGGGCCCGCCCGGCACGGCGGUCCAUGUUCUGGGUCUGCAUGCCAUGCCCUUCCGCGCCCUGUGUACGGCGGUUGAGGAGCAGUUGUUGAUCUCAGAGCUGCCGGGCGUGGGCGCAGCCGCGGCGGCGGCGGCAGCUGCAGCGGCAAGCCAGGAGGCAUUGGCAAGAGGAGUGUUCAGCGGCAGCGGUGGCAGUAACAGUAGCAGCGGCCGAGGCCGGGCUGGCAGUAGCAACAGCGGUGCCAGGGGCGGCAACAGCAGCGGCAGCACUGGGCAGCGGCAGGCGUGUGCUGCUGACGGGCCGCUGCCCUGGCGGCUGCCGCUGGGUCGACGCGCUCUGGCGGUGCUGUGCCUCCGCAUUACCGACCUGGCGGCGGCUGGUCACGGCCAGGCCUAUGCUGCUGCUAGCGCUGCUGGCGCUGCUGGCGGCCCUGCUAGCGCUGCUGGCGGCCCUGCUAGCGCUGCUAGUGCUGCUUACGCUUCUGGCGCGUCCGGCAGCAGUAGCGGCAGUAGCAAUAGCGGCAGUAGCAGUAGCGGCAGUAGCAGCACGGGCGCGCUGCAGAUCCGAAUCAGGCCGCACCAGAUUUGGCUGCUGGGCACGCAAGCUAUUGCCGACGCCCGCCGGCUGCUGCUGCUAUCGCCAGGCAUUGAUGGCAGGCACCGCACCGCUAGUGCCGCAAGCGCCGCGCCUGCUUCGGCAACCACUGGCUCUGCUUCUAAUGCUACAGCCGCCGGCACUCGCACUGGCCGGUCUGCUGCUACUGCCACGCCAGCCGGGCCGCAGCAGCAGCAGCAGCAACAGCGGGCGGCGGUGGCAGCGGCGGCGCCUGGCGGCUACCCACUGCUGCCGGCGGCCUGGUGGCAGUCGCUGGCGGCGCUGCUGCACGUGCCGGUGCCCCUGCACCCGGCCUACAUGGCUGAGGAUGCGAACGCCUCCUGGCAGUACAACGAAGACGGCACCGUCAGAAGCAGCUUCCGCGUCAGCCCUGCAGCCGCGGAGAGCGAAGGCGGGCUGCUGGUGCCACAGCCCUACGAGCGGCUGGCGGAGGCGCUGCGACUGCAGGGCAUGCCCGGCAUCCUGCUGCCGCUGCAGCCCCCGCCCAGCCUGGCCGUGGCGCUGCAGGCGGGACUGGUGCCCGCCUUCGAGGCCGCGCUCCGUCGCGCCCCAGACGCCCGCAUGGCGGCGCGACUGGCCGCCGCGCUGCUGCAGCCUGUCUGGCUGGCGGCGCACGAGGGCGCAGACGACGGACUGGGCUGGAGCUGGCCGCAGCUGCAGCAGCUGCUGGCGUUUGCGCCGCCGCCCGCCGCCGCGGCGCUGGUCGCCAGCCUGGGCAAGCGGCUGCAGCUGGCGCUUGACCAGGCUGAGGCGGCUGUAGCACCUGCUGCGGCAGGUGGCGGCGGUGGCGGCAGUAGCGCUGGUCGCGUGGUGCUGACGACGCCGGCGCUGAUGCUGGCACGACAGCUGGCGGCGGCGCUGCCGCUGAUGGCACUGGUUGACCUUGACGCGGUGGGUGCGGAUGGCGUCGGCUGUUUCUGCACAGACUCAACAGACCUGGCCGCCCGUGCAUUGCGUGCCAUGUCCGGAUCUGUAUUUUCCCGAAUGCCACGCCGCGGCGGCAGCGGUAGCAGCGGCGGUGGCGGGAAGGCAUCGCCUGCAGCAGUAACGGCGCGGCGGCUGCAGUGGGCCAGGGUGCGGCUGCUGCUGUCACACACGCUGCACCGCUGGCUGCCGGCUCUGUCGCGCUUCGCCCGGCGGCUGCCAGGAGCGGAGCUCAGGCGCCUCGUGCAGUGCCGGUUGCAGGAAGUCGACACGUCUCCGGAGGGGUGUUUCGACGUCAUGGUCGCGUGCGCCUGCGUGUCCAAGCUGCUGGUGUGGAUACAGCCGCCGCUGCUUGCGCUCGCCGCAGCGGAGCACGAGGUGGCGGUGAAUUGGGACAGGGAGGCAACGCUUCGCAACAUCGCUCGCGGCGGCAUGCCACGGUUGCAGGCGGAGCGUGCGGGUUGUAGCAGCCGGCUGGCCAACUGGCGGCGCUUCCUGAUUCACGAGGUGGACGUCGUGGGGGUGCUGGGGGCGGCGAUACAGGUGGUGCUGCAGCUGAUGCCCAGGCCGACCCUGCAGUUUGCCAUGGCGGCGGCCACGGGCCGGCCCGAGCCCGGCAUGUCGGGGGCGAUGAUCAUUCUCCCCAUGCUGCUGCCGGCGCUGCGCACGGCGUGCAACGCGGCGCCAGACGUCCUUGCGGAGCCGCUGCUGCACGCGGCGCAGCAGGCGCCGGCGGCGGCGUCGGGCUCGCCGUGGAGCAAGGUCGCGCUGCAGGAGCUGUUUGCGAUGAGCACCUCCCAAGUGAGGGUUACGCAGGACCACGAGGUGAUGCAGGGUAUGCGGCAGGUGGAGGACGAUGUGCCGCAGGCCGUAGAAGGACUGCGGGAGUUCGCGCGGGUGCACGGCGCGCAGGCGGCGCGUGCACAGUUCGGUGGCGGUCCCUCGGCGCGGCACGCGUGCAUUUCGUCGGAGGGCGCGCUAGGCCUGGCCUACUUUACGCCGGUCUCUCACCUGGAGGUCAGGCAGGGAGCGGUGGCGGCAGCUGGGAUGACUAACGAGAGCGGCGUGUUCGGCCUGGGGCCCAUGCGUGCUGGCGGCGCUGCAGCCGCAGCUUCGGCGGUGCCCGCAGACCCGCCCACGCCGCUGCGCUGCUGCGCCAACCCGCGCUGCACCAACCUGGCGGCGGCGGUGGGCGCGGACAGCGACGCCCAGCUGCCGCUGCUCAACUGUGGCGGCUGCCGGGGCGCGGCGGCGUACUGCGGCAGGGGCUGCCAGGCGGCGCACUGGAGGGCGGGGCACAAGGAGGCGUGCGCUGCUCUGCGCGGGGAGUGGCGGUGAUGGUGUUGGGUUAUUGGUUUGUGGAAUCGCGACAUGUGGUGACGACUGUAUGUGGUGAGGAGGCGGCAUGCCUACCUGCGGUGUGAGGUCAUGUAUGAGAAUGCGUGCGCUCGAUGCACGUGAACAGCGGAGCCGAAUAACUGGGUUCAUGUAUGCGUGUGUGUGUGUGUGUGUGUGUGUGCGCGCGUGUGUGUGUGUGUGUGUGUCGUACAAAACCAUCGAAACGGGGCCCGCCCAGACGGCCCAAGAGUUACUGUGCGCAUGUGUAUGUGGUGUACGGGCGGUCCUUCGCCCUGGCUCAUUGCUUGCGGGCCCUGCAGGACACGAGCCACGGCCCACGGGUGCUUGGUCCGCCGACCGUGUGCGAACCUCGUAGGCGCACUAGUGCGGGACUGGAGAUAGUCCAAGAACGGAAAGGCGUGCCAUGCAAUACAUCGUCCAUGCCAUGUAGGAUGAGCUCUGUAGUGUGCGGUAUUGAAUGCACGUGCGCCAUGCAGCAGAGUGAGCGCAGGUUGAGGGGCGCAAGGAGGUAUUUCACGGUGUGGUAUUGCUAGGCGUGCUCAUAGUGUGACGAUGCCGCGGAGAGGGGGGGGGGUAAAAAUGCAGUUGCAAGGAUUAAAUGCUUGCCCAC